AUGAACAAACAUUUUCAUGUUCAGAAAGAGAAAAUGUUUAAUGUGUUAUCAAGUUUUGCUCAACAUCAGAGAAAUUCCACAGGAGAGAAGCCUUAUUCAUGUUCAGAAUGUGAGAAAACUUUUACUGUGAAAUCAAGUCUUCUUCGACAUCUCAGAAUUCACACAGGAGAAAAGCCAUUUUCAUGUCAGGAAUGUGGGGAGUUGUUUAAGCGUAAAGAUCAUCUAGAACUACAUAUGAGAAGUCACACAGGAGAGAAGCCAUUUUUAUGUUCGGAAUGUGGGAAGUGGUUUAACAGUCAACAGCAUCUUAAGAUACACCUGAGAACUCAUACUGGAGAGAAGCCAUAUUCAUGUUCAGAAUGCGAAAAAUAUUUUAUUGACAAAGCUUGUCUUGUUGAACAUCUCCGAAUUCACACAGGGGAGAAUCCAUUUUCAUGUUCUGAAUGUGGGAAGUGUUUUAGUAGAAAAUCAAGUCUUGAGGUGCAUCAGAGAAUUCACACAGGAGAGAAGCCAUUUUCAUGUUCAGAAUGUGGGAAAUAUUUUAAUGUGAAAUCAAGUCUUGUGAAACAUCAGAUGAUUCACACAGGAGAGAAGCCAUUUUCAUGUUCUGAAUGUGGGAAGUGUUUUAUUAGAAAAUCAAGAUUUGAGGAACAUCAGAGAAUUCACACAUUAGAGAAGCCAUUUUCAUGUUCUGAAUGUGGGAAGUGUUUUAGUACAAAAUCAAGAUUUAAGGAACAUCAAAAAAUUCACACAGGAGAGAAGCCAUUUUCAUGUUCUGAAUGUGGGAAGUGUUUUAAUAGAAAAUCACGGUUUGAGGAACAUCAGAGAAUUCACACAGGAGAGAAACCAUUUUCAUGUCCUGAAUGUGGGCAGUGUUUUAGUACGAAAUCAAGUCUUGAGGUGCAUCAGAGAAUUCACACGGGAGUGAAGCCAUUUUUAUGUCCAGAAUGUGGGAAAUCUUUUACUGCGAAAUCAAGUCUUAUGAAACAUCAGAGCAUUCACAUAGGAGAGAAGCCAUUUCAAUGUCCUGAAUGUGAGAAGUGUUUCAGUCAAAAAACAUAUUUUGACAUACAUCAGAGAAUUCACACAGGAGUGAAGCCAUAUUCAUGUACUGAAUGUGAAAGGUGUUUUACUGUGAAAUCAAGUCUUGUGAGACAUCUGAGAACUCACACAGGGGAGAAACCAUAUUCAUGUACUGAAUGUGAAAAGUGUUUUACUGAGAAAUCAAAUCUUCUGAGACACCUGGGAAGUCACACAGGAGAAAAGCCAUUUUAA